GUCGUUAGAGUUGUAGCUACGGCCAGAGUGACCUUUGUUUUUGCCAAUUAGUGUUGCGUUUGUGUUACGGCAAUAAAAAUUUAGACUUUUGAACGUGGUUUUCCGUUGUGCUUCUUAACAUUUGGUGUCAGAAGUGGGAUCUGACGAAGGAAAGGUGUCCACCACGUGCCGUCGAGACAAAUUCAAUAUGGAAAAGAGUUCGAUACCUAAUCCUGGGACAGAAGGGAAAGAGAAGAAGAAGAAGAAGCUUACGGAAGGACAGAAGAGGAGGCGCAAUCGGUAUACUUUUGAAAAAGAAAGAAAAAAACGUGAAGCAGCAGCCGCCGCAGCCAUCCAAUUGACCUCUUCAAUCCCAGUCUUUUCUGAGAGGUCUGUGGUUUUUACUUCUGCCGAUCUGCCUCUUCGUCCCGUCGCUACCGUUGGCCCGCCUGUCAGUCCUAUCUUUCCAACUACAUCUAUUGUUCCAUCCAUCGCCCCUAAUCCACCAGAACCAGUCAGGGAGCAAGAAAUUCCAGACAACCAGAAGGUACCUUGCCACAACUGCUAUUCAGCCAACCACUUCCCAAGCGAAGAAGAGAGAGUCCGCAAAUUCAUCCAAAGGCGAAGAGAGAGGGAAAUCGAACAAGCUGCUCGGCAAAAAGCCAUCAAUGAAAGAAGAUCUCGAGAGGCGAAAGAAAGAGAAGUAAAAGAGAGAGAGGAUAGAGAAAGAAGAGAUAAGGAUCCAAGAGAGAGAAGAGAAAGAGAGAGAAGAGAAAGAAUUACAAAAAGGAAACGAGAACCCCAUGAAAGGGUAAAGUACAUGCUGCCAAUUCGGAAAGAGAAGGAUGAAACAAUUGCAGAAAGGGAAGAAAGACUUAAUAUUUCGGAGGCGGCAAAGAAAAAGCAGGAAGAAAAAGAAGAAAUAGAAUGGAUGCGGAUGGAGAUUAAUUUUGUCGACUAAUUGUUCUAAUGUUGAUACAGGAAAAUCUCGUAAUUGACACAUAUUUAACCCAUUGUAUCAUAUCUUGCA